AUGGAUUACGAGGCCGCCAACGGCGACCGCUACGAUGGUUCGUUCUUUCUCGAUACAGACCGCCCCCCAAAGCACGACGAGGCGCUGACAGACAAACGCGACACAGACGAGGCUCCUCGUUACGAGCGCGACAACCGCAGCGCCUCCCCUCGCCCUGCGCGUGAUGACGGAGACUCUGGACGUCGUCGCUCUGCUUCGCCCUCUGGCAACGGUGACCGCGACCGCGACCGUGGCGCCAAGGAUGAGACUGGCUCCCGCGGUGGCGACCGUGACGACGACGGCGCUAUCAACCCUGGCUCCAACCUCUUCGUCACUGGCAUCCACCCCCGUUUGACCGAGCAGGAGGUCACUCGCAUGUUCGAGAAGUACGGUGAUGUUGAGAAGUGCCAGAUCAUGCGCGACCCCCACACCAAGGAGUCUCGUGGAUUUGGCUUCGUCAAGAUGGUCACUUCUGACCAGGCCGACGCCGCUAAGGAGGGUCUGCAGGGAGAGCAGAUUGAGGGACGCACCUUGAGCAUCGAGAAGGCUCGUCGUGCUCGCCCUCGCACUCCCACCCCUGGCAAAUACUUCGGCCCCCCCAAGCGUGCCGUGACCGUCCUCCUCGCGAUGCUCCCGCCGGAGGUGCGGCUUACGCUGACGCCCCUGCCCGCUCCGAGGGUCGUGAGGCCUAUGGAGGUUGGAAAUCCCAACCCAGUGAAUUCGCUGUGGUCUCAACGCUAA